AUGACUGUGAUUAUUUUGAACAAUACUUAUACAGAAAGAAAAUUUAGAUAUAGUUACUUUUUAUCAAAAAAAACUAGAUAAACUUUAUUGUGUAUCUAAGAAUCCCCAAAAGGAUAUAUCAUUCAAAUUAACAACUUGAAUUUAUUGGAAAGACAUAGUAAUUGUUAGUUUGUGAAAUUAUUUUAUGAUUUGAAGGAGUAAGUCUAAGAAUUAUUGGUGAUUGGACAUUUUAUUAAAAAGUUUCGUGUUGGUGUGAAGAAUUCUUAAUUAUGUAAUUUCAAGAGUGGGCCAGUAGAAUAUGAUGUUUGGAUUAUUCAAAUAUAUGUUCCUAAAACAAGUAGGUAUCUACUUGGAACUAUUAAUUUUGUAGAUUUAGCUAGUUUGGAAACUUAAGAAAUGUUUUCAAUUUUAUUUGAAUAAACUAAAAUGCAAAGGAAAUCUGUUUACCUUAGAAAAUUUACAACUAAUAAAUUAAUUAUGAAUAAAUAAUAAACUUUUAUUAAUCUACAUAAAUUUUUUGAGUUUACUAGAGAACUUAAUAAUAGUUUAAAAAGAAGAUUGAUUAAUAAGCAAUUAUUUUAAAAUAAAAGUAAGACUAAUAACAAGUGUGAUAAAAUGAGAGUUGAGCUAAUAUUAAGUUUAAAAGAUCCAUUCAAUAUUAGAAUUGAAAGUGAAGCACAAAAUAAAAAUUAUUUAGAGAAAACCUUGAUAGAAUAAUUGGAGCAAGAUACUAAUGCUAAUGUGAACUCUUUUAAAUAGAUUGGAAAAAAUUAUAUUUAAAAGAAAAAGAACGAAUCGAUGGAAAACCAAGAACUUUUAAAUCAUUUUAAGAAUUUAUCAAGUAAUUAUUAAACACUGAUAAAGGACAAAUAGGUUAUAACCAUAAAAUCAUAAUUUUAAGAUAGUUCUUAAAUUUGUCUUGAUUUUGCGUUUAAAGCUAAUCUCAAAGAAUUUAUCCAUAAAAUGCAGCUUAAAAUUGAUAAGAUUGGACUAUAUACAAUUUAAUUCUUUUUAGAUUACAUGAGUUUAGAUAUUGGAAAAGAUAAUCCGUUUGUUGCUUUUGAAUCUAUUAAUUAUGCUAAUUCAUCCAUGUUUAAUCUUUCAAUCAGAGUUUUGGGCUAUUAAAGUGAAUCGCCAAUAUUUUAUUGCUAAAAACAAAUAAAUUUAAGGGAAAUUCUAAACUUAUUCAUUGCAGAUGGUUAUUUUAAAUAUUAGACUAAUUACAUGAAUGCAAAAUUAUCCUUAAGUGAUUUGAAAUAAAUAUGUGAAUAUAUUGGGUUUAAGAUAAAAUCAUAAAACUUUUUGGGUCUUGCUAUCAAUAAAAAUAUAUUAACAACAAUCCCAUAUUUUAGAAGAAACAAAAUAAGUGUAAGAAAAUACUGA